GGAGUGCGAGAUUCCGCCUGACAUACGUAUGGGCGCGAGGCACGAAGCCUUGUUGUAUAGUAUAUACCUGUAGCACGCCUUGUUACCACAACAGCAACAACAACUCAUAGUCAUCAGUUUCGUCGUCUAUAAUGACAGAGCCUGUUGUAUCGGUCGGUACGAGUACCCUGGUUGUCUUUUCGGUCAUCUCCGUCGACGUAUGGACUGGACGAUCUCGAAGUUCUCACACAACGAAUCGAACUCAUCUUAUAUCGCUCGUCGACCAUGUCAGAAUGAUCGUACGGUUCAGAGCAUCCCUCUCAUGAUCCCAUGCUCAAUCUCGCCGGUCUAGGGAUCGCUGGCAUCAAAGCAAGACAUGCAUACGGCUCCCUUCCACACCUAGCUCGUCGAUUCAACUCCAACACCGCCUUGAACCUCGAUCGGUUGACGUCCGACCAAGAUCAUCGAGAAGCAGCUCGGUGGCUCGAAAAGUUCAAGCAGGAUGGAUCGGACAGGAUUCCAAGGACUGCUUUUGAGAUUCAGAUGACUAGGUCUUCGGGACCUGGAGGACAGAAUGUUAAUAAGCUCAGUACAAAGGCGAUGUUGAGGAUGGACGUUCCACCGAAACCCGAUCCGGCGGGGAACAAGUGGUUACCGGAUUUCAUCGUCAGCCCUUUGCGUGCAUCGCCUCAAUACACCUCGUCGCCCCCCUCCAUCCUCCUAACAUCCUCAACAACCCGCUCAGCCGCCCAAAACAAACUCUUAGCCAUAGAGAAACUCUAUCAACUGAUCGUCUCUUCCGCGGAGAACUGUAUCGUCACCCCGACGAGCGAGGAGCAGAAGGAAAAAGUAGCUAGGCUGGUACAGCGGGAAGAAAGGAGGAGGAGGGAGGAGAAGGUCAAGAGGGGUGGGAAGAAGGAGAGUAGGAGGAAGGGGAAUUGGGAUUAGGAAUUAGAUCUUGGGGGGGUUCGGCCUGGCUUGAGGAUGGUUAUCGGGAUCAUCGAAUGGUAUUAUGAUGGUGAUC